GUCACAUGAGUUUGUUGUGAAACUUUGCAACGUGACUUUACGCGGAGUUUAGAACAGUUCGUUAUGCUAACGCAAUUAUAGUAAUACUAGCAAUUUUCAUUAUGAGUGGUUACCGUAGAAUAAGUACGUUCAUAUUUCUGACUUUUAUUGUAAGAGAUUUUUUUGUCCAACGAACGCUUGGUGUCCAAGAAAACACUUUUAUGUUUAAUCAAGUAUCAACUUUACUGCUGCCAUUUGAAAGCACUAAAUUGCAUUUAAGUAGCUCCAUCGAAAAUGCAUAUACUUUGUUUUUAGACAAUAAAUCAUCUCAGAUUGUCUAUCCUGAAAACUGCACGGAUGGUUUAAACAAUUUUACGCAGGCUGUUUUAACGUUCAUUCUUUGCUCUUCAGCGAAUGCCAGACCAAUUCAACUCUGCCGUAAUUGCAACGAAUAUCUCAGUGCAAUGCAGGCGACUUAUAAAGCUAUGAAAGAGCAGGAACCCAAUGUCUGUCAAACUUGGUUUUUUGGCAGUGACAAGAUUAGCAUAAUUGAUGUAAUCCAUAAUCAAGCAUGGACAUUAUGGGAUAUAAAUUUCUGUCAGAAUUGUUAUGAUUACUAUAAUGAAACAAAAGCAUUCUUUGAUACUGCAGAGAGACUUAGUGAGUGUAUGGUGAGCUCUAACACUACUAUUGAAGUUAAUUCAACUUGUCAGUUGUGUCAUGACCUUUAUAUACAACUUGGAGACACUUACAAUAAAUUUGUUUUUAAACAAGAAGAAACUGAUGUUGGAAUUUGUAUGGAUAUUGUUGAUAGAAUGAAUAUGACACAGAAACUUUGGAGUCGCCAGUAUAAAUGUAAAGUUGAAUUUGAUACUAGAAUUGGAUAUGGUAAUGUCACCACUGCUUUGGUUAUAGGUUUAGUGCCAUUGUGUUUCUACUUAAUUGCAAAACGUGUAGCCAUCACUGAAGAUGUCAAGCUAGUUCGUCCUAAAAGGAAAAGUAUGGCUAAUAUACCUGCAAAAUGAUGAACUGGAAAUUCCUUUAGCUUCUCAGUAUUUAAGGAAAUAUGAAUGCACUUCAGUGUUCUUAAAUAUUGAACUUUAUUCAUUGCAUACUUUGAUGACAUUCAUUCCAGUACUUUUAGAUGUCUUAGUAAACGAACAAGAAUUCAAGGACAAAUUCAUUUUAAUGUAAAAGGGUUUAUUAAUACAUACAUAUAUGUAUCAAUAAAUUAGAUAUUUGUAUUCAUAUCUAUAUUUUAUCGUACCUACAUAAUGUAUGUAUAUAAUGUAUAUAUAUCAUCUGUAUGUAUGUUGAAAUGUACAGAUGUAUCAUAUUAAUGUGUAUAUAGAGAGAUAUUGAAAGUAAAAUUUUAACUGAAGUCUAUUAGAAGUUUUUGCUAAGCAGUGUCUGUCAAGGAAAAUCAUAUAUAGUAGAACCCAACUGAUUUGAGCAAAUUAAGACAAAAUAAUUGUGAAGAAUACUUUUUUCUAGCUAUCCUUGUUUUCUUUUGUACAAUCAAAAGUCGUUAAUCCGGACUCAUCAGGACUUCGGCGAUUCCGGAUUAUAGAUCAUCAGUUUAAAUCUCGUAAGAUGGCAUCCAGAAAUUCUAAAAUUUAAAAUAUGAAACCAUAAU